UUAACUCACAUACAAUCAUGAAAGGUAUACAAAAGUGUAAACAAAAUUGGAUGAUGGAUACUAAAUAAAAUGAUACAUUUAACAAAUUUAUAAUGAAUUACAUUUUAACACAUUUUAAAAUACACCGAAAUGACUCAAAUUUAAUAAGAAAUAGAAACUAUUUAUAUCACAUUGCAUCCAAGUACACAAUACAAAUACAAUGUUUUGACGAAACAAAACGGUUUGUUUUAUUACAUAAUGUUUUCUGCAUUAAAAUUAUGGUCAUUUUCAUCAAAACAAUCAUACAUUUUUAAGAUAUUUCAUGCUUUUAGAAAAAACUGUUCAGUUGUGGAUUUAAAAAAAAUUUAGAUAUUAGCUAUGGAACCAAUUUCAGAUUCUUAAAUACAAGUAUUCAAAUAUCAACAAAAUAUUGAUCCAUUUGAUCCAUUCUUAUUAUAUCUAUGAACAAUUCAAGAUGAUUUUACUUUGUAAUGAUAUUGAAAAAUCAAUCAAAAAAACAAAAAACAAAACAAACAAUUCAAUCAAUGAAUAAAUCAAAACGAUUUUUUGUCACCAAACAAAAAUAAAAAAAAAUAAAAAAAUUUUUUUAAAUAAAAUAUCAAAAAACAUUUUCUGAAUUAAUUUCAUUAUUUUAUAUAUUUUAUUUGUCAAUUAUAUCAAUUAGACAAUUUUUGGUUGUUCUUGUUGUUGCUGUUAAAUACAAUGCUGACAAUUCAAUGUUUAAAACAACAAUUCAUAAUUAUUUAUUUAUAUAAUCAAUCAUGGAAAAGUGUUCUAUGUAUGAAUGGAAAUAAAUUACACAUGUUGAUUAUAACCUUAUUAAUUGGUUGUUUAAUUGAUUUUGAUACUGCUGCUCGUGUAAUUCAAUCCAACCGUUGUACAACAGAAGAACGCCAAAAACGAAUACAAUGUUUCGAGGUACUACCUGCGGAACAGUAUGCUAUACCAUUAGGACAUACAGUGAAUAUGCAAUGUGUUGUUUUAAAUCAGCAUGGAAAAGUUCAAUGGCGUGCAAAAAAAAUACUUCUCGGUUAUGAUCGUUCUAUACCGGGUUACUCUAGAUUUAGAAUAAUUGGUGAUGUUGGACGAGGAGAGCAUACAUUACAAAUUACAGAUGUUCAACGUGAUGAUGCUGGAGAAUAUGAAUGUCAAGUCACUCCAGUCCCAGUUAAUAAUCAUCCAUUAUUAAGAAGAAAAACGUAUCUAGAAGUUCUUAUUAAACCGAAUGAACCACAGAUUUUAUAUCAAAAUGUACAGUUACCCGACAGGAAAUUGAUCAUAUCUCAACCAGAUCCUAUUUUGCGUAUUAGUUUAGUUUGUUCUGCAGUUGGUGGCCGACCAGCUCCAAAUUUCAAAUGGUUACUUAACCGUCAUGAAAUACCAAAUAUGGAGGUAAAAACUAAAACACCGAUGAGUCCUAAUGAUGUAACCAAAAUGAAUAAUCUGCUCAAAAUUUGGGGUAAAUUACAUCCUAUUAUCAAUGAAAAAGAGAAUGAUGAACAGUCUAGUCUAAGUAUCCUUAAAGCUGGUUUAGAAGAUGGUGAUGAAAUUGUAUGCAGUGUGUCAAACUCUGCAACGCAAAUAAAUCAUGAUCCAAUGAAACGUAAUUUAUCGAUAACAAUUACAGUAGAAGUUCAUACUCCUCCCGGUCCUCCGAAAAUUGUCAGUCCUGAAACAAACCAUGUUUAUUUAGAUGGUGAACAGUUACGUGCAGUAUGUGUUUCCUCACCACCUGGCAAACCUUUAGGUGGACUAUUCUGGAGAUGGUUAAUAAAAACAAGCCAAGUUGAUGACAGCGAUAUUCAGAAAAUCAGUGGAAUUGGGGGUAGGGGCGGUGCUAGACUCAGUGAUUACACAUCUGUUGAAGCCUAUCUACGAAGCUUAGACAGUAGCAAUAGUGGUGGUAGUUUAUCGCAGAAAAUCGCUAUGCCAGAACUAUCUCAAUUGCAGCAGGGAGAUUUUAUUUCCGAAGAUGUACAACCACUACAUUACACACUUACUAAAGAGAAAGAUCAAUUAGUAAAUACACUGAUCAUUCAACGAGUUACUCGGAAGUAUCAUGCUGCUAAACUGAUUUGUGAAACUGGACAUCCUGUGGGUUCGGCUCACCAAACAAGUAUCACAAUAUUUGUGAAACAUGCACCAGCUAAUGUCACAAUUUCAGUAGAAACUGGUAGCAUUGAUGAUGAUUAUACUGGUGGACGCCAUGAAAAAGUAGCAUAUGCACGUGCCGGUGAAAUGAAAACAUUUAUUUGCAAAACUGCUCCAUAUUACGGUCAGGCAACUAUUAAGUGGUUAUUUCAAGCAGCUGGUGCUAGUAUUACAACACCACCCAAACAACUGGUUGAUAAAGCUGUCACAUUCAAAACACCUGAUGGAGAGAGUGUCUAUCAAGAGUCACGGAUUCAGAUCACUGUUCGGCCAGAAGAUGACAGAAGUUAUAUAGAUUGUCUUGUUUGGAGUGUUGGAGAUGCACGCGUUGAUUCAAGAGUUCGCCUAGAUAUUAUCCAUCCCCCAGAUACGCCUAAGAUUACUGGUUAUAAAAGUGGCCAACCAGUGAACAUGGCUCAUCUUUUGGAAUUUACGUGUACUACCACAGGUGGCAAUCCACUGCCUGAACUCCAGUGGUUUAAAGAUAAAAAACCGAUCACAAACAAUGGUGAACCAGUUGUUAUUGGAAAACAAACUACUAUUAAACUAAAGCUUGUACCACAAAAAGAGGAUAACGGUGCUGAAUAUCAUUGUUCAGCUCGUAACACUGCAACAAACAAUGAAUGGAUAGAUAGUGAAGCUAUAAUUUUAAAUGUUUUAUUUCCACCACAACGAGUAAGUUUAAAUUUUGGCGGUAAAUCGGUAGUUCAAAGUGGUGAACAACUUGAAAUCAACUGUCAAGCAGAUAGUUCAAAUCCAGUUGCUGUUAUCACAUGGCGUCAUUAUCAAUGUGGACCAGCUCAUGCGUUUUAUCGACGUCAUUUAUUACAACAACAACAAAAAUUACCAAAAUCUAGUAGUAGUACAAAUGAAGGGGAAAAGUGUAAAUUAUUAGAACUAAAAGGUUCCGAUGAAACACCUAUUCCUGGAGCAUCCGGCGGUUUAUUAGCCAGAAGUCAUUUAUGGUUACGUCCAACUUGGAGAUAUCAUAUGGACUUUAUUGAAUGCCAAGCGGAGAAUCCAGUUUAUGGUCCACCUAUCUGGCAUGAUAGACUUCAAUUAAAUAUCACAUUUGCACCACAAUUCUAUGGGCUUCAAGUAGGUGAUCACCGAGUAAUACGAGAAGGUGAAACAACUCAUCUAGACUUUGGAUUAUAUGCAAAUCCUCCAGUUACAUCUGUUUCAUGGUUUCGUAAUGAUCAAUUACUUCCAUUUGAACCUAAAGAAACUGAUACAUGGCAAGGUGUUUUUGCAGCUGGUUCUGUUGGAGAACUACUUUCAUUACAUAAAAUUAAUCGAGAAAAUAUGGGCAAUUAUACAGUGGUAGUUUCUAAUUCACAACAUGAAUCACGAAAUACAUUUUUUCUUAAUGUUACAUAUCCAGCAAGUAUUGUUGGUAAACUUGAAGAGAACAUAACACAAACGACUAAAGACUAUGCUGCUUUAGAUUGUAAAGCUGAUGCGAAUCCGGCUAUACCUGAUAGAACAUUUAAAUGGUAUCGUUACUUUCCACCCAAGGGCUGGACAGAAGAAGUAGAUGAGGGGGCAUUACAACUGAGUGAACCAAUUUAUUGUAAUCAAUCUCAGGUUGACAAACCAAAAAUGCUUGCUCAGUGUUUUCAACAAGAUAAGUUUCAAAUUUCUAGUACAUUUUACAUCUAUCAACUUACAGAAGAUGAUGUUGGUAAAUAUGUUUGCGAGGUCAGUAAUGGAAUAGGUGAACCAGUGAAGAAGACAUUUAAUCUUUUGUAUCAUUUUCCUCCAAAAAUAAUUCAAUUGCCUCGAUAUACAAAAGCAGCUGGUGAACAAAGUUCCAAAGUAUGGUUAACAUGUUACAUUCGUACAGAACCAACUCCACAAAUUGCUUGGCUCAAAGAUAAUAAAUUAAUCCCAAUGAAUGCGUUAAUUCAAAGUAAAACUACAGAUAGUAAAAAUGGAAUGAAAAAAUAUGAAAAUUUUUUAACUCAUAUACGUCCUGGAUUAUAUAAAGCUCAGUUAGCUGUUAAUGAUAUUAGAAAAUAUGAUUUUGGUUCCUAUAGUUGUCAGGCGGCCAACUUACAAGGUGAAGCUCAACUAGGAAUUCAUUUGUCUGGAACAUCCACCCCAGAUGUACCGAUAAAUUUUCGUCUUCUAAAUGCAACCUCAUCGACUUUGCAUGUUGCCUGGACUCAAGGUUUUGAUGGUGGAUUGGCACAAACUUUUCAGGUUCGUUGGCGUGAAGUUGGUUCAAUUAGUUUGUAUAAAUAUGCUGAUGUAGCAUCAAAUGAUAAUCGAAAUGGAGUUGAGUACUUCAUUACUGGUUUAAAACCUGGAAGUGAAUACAUAGUCAGUGUGAAUUCUAUGAAUUCAAAACAUGGAUCUAGUGCCUACACAGACCCUAUUCAUUUAAGAACACUACCAAUAGAUUCAUACAAUGGACGUGAACCUAUGCCACCCUUAUCAAAUUCUGGUUAUUCAGAUGACAAUGCUUUAUUAAUCAUAGUAUCUGCAUGUGUUUUUGGAUUUGUUAUUCUUCUUAUUAAUGUCAUAGUUAUUAUUUUCUUAAUUAAACGACGUCGUCAUCGUAAUAUGAUGAGAAGACGACAAUAUAAAUCUGAUCAAGGAGUUACUAUGACAAAUGGAGUUGCAUUAACACGUCAUGAUCAAUCUGGUACUGAUAUGAAAGCACAUCUUCAAUCAUCUUUUAUUGAUCAAAAUGAUAAUUUUGUAGAUACAGAUAUCAGUACAACAUGUAUAUGUUGUCCACCUAACAAAAAAAAACUCACAAGUUCAGGUUAUGUAAAAGCAGACUCUUAUGGUAAUUUUUCCCGUACACAUGGUUAUGCACCUCAUGAUAUUUGUCCAUCUCAAUGUUCUCAGUAUAUACCUACAGAUGUUGAUCAACAAGGAAAUUUGAUGAAUCAUAACAUCACAAGCAGUAAUCCAGAUUUUAAUCACUUAACUUCUAAUCAAAUGACAACAAGUUAUCCGGUUCGCCAUUUAGCAUCUCCAAAUCCAUAUUACAAUAAUACGCUGAAUUAUCCAAUGACUCGUCAUGGUUCUACUGAACUCGGAAUAGUUUAUUCAUCAGCAAAUCCAGUUAAUCAAUUAAGAUAUGAACAUGGAAGCAUAAAACAUUCUACUCGUCAUGGUCAACACACUCCAAGGCAACCAAAUCAGUCUCGUUACUAUGGUAUCAUUUUAAUCCUCAAUCAAUGGAAUUAGGGUCAGAUUUAGCAACAUUUUCAUACAGUGCACCGUUUAACUACAAUAUGGGUCCAUCGUGUACACCUAUAUUUUUAUCCCUUGAUCCCAGUGCAUCGGAUUCCUUGUUGAUGUCAAAUUCUUUGAUAAACUGUACUCAAGAUAAUAGCAAAUUAUAUGAGGUAAAUGGUGAAAUGUCUGUUACUCCUUUAAUGAUACAUUCACCAACCCCUGUACACACAGACCAGGUUCUAGUUCCAAGCUACGUCCCGGUGCAACAUAUUUAAUAUGCUUUCUAUCCUUUCCCUAAAUAGUAAAUAUUUCCUAAAUAAUUUGAACGUUAUAUGCAUGCAUAAUUACGAUGUUAUGUAAGUUAACUAUAUUAAGAAUUGUUUAUAUUGGUAUUCUGUCACUUCAAUAAUUCCCUAUAUUCCAUUAUAUGACUUCAAGACAAAACCUAAUUUUGGAAGUACACGUUAUUUUUGUUCAUCAAGAGAAGUUAUUCAGUCGAAUACAUCCAGAAAAAAUAUACCUCAUUUUGAAAAUCGACAAAGUGUAAACAAUCUUUCUCAUGCAAUAUCUAGUGACUUAUUUACUCUUCAAAACCAAUGUAAUUGUGAACAACAAUAUUCUAUGCACAAACCCCAUCAAAUUCAAUGUCACAAACGAUUACCAUAUUCUUGUUCUACUUGCUUGAAAUCAAAAUCAAGUUUACAUAAUAGUAAGCAGUCAUUUCAUACACUCAACACUCAGAAUUCUGUCAUUGAUAAUUUUUCCGAAGAGGACAAAGAUUCCGAUCGUAGUCGUUAUGCGGAUCAACUUAGACGUAUUCAAUACAGUGGUGGGCCGACUGCUCAGCUUUUAUUAGGUAAUAUCAACAUACAAAAUGAUCAUUCAAGUCCUGAUUCUAAUUUAGCACCUUCUCAAGAGGAGCACAAUAUAAAUAACUUCCAUUCAUGCUUAUCAAAAUCCAAAUUAAAUAUGCACAAGAUCGAAUUGAUGAAUAAUACUGAUGAUAAUCAUCUUAUCUCUAAUUUAAAUCAAUACAACGAACAACUAGGCAGUUUAGCAGACAAUGAAAAUCUUGAAACGUCAAGAUUGUUAUAUUCAAAUCAGUUCAACCGUCAACAACAACUACAAAAUCAACACAUUACCAAUGAUUUCUCUGCUAUUCCAAAUGUAGAUAACACUGAAAUCAGGUCAACCCAUCUAUCUGACUGUUUUGUUUAACUUCUUUUGCCUUUUUUCUCCCUCUCUAUCUCUCUGGUUAAAUCCACUUCUGUUUUUUUCUGGGUUUUUUCUAAAUUUUUCUUUUAUACUCAUUUACUCUCCUAACUAAUAUUUCCGGUUUCUAAGUUGAAUGUUAAACUGUAUAGCCAUUAUUUUCAAUAAUCUUUUACACUUAAAAACAAACUUCGACAUUCAUGAUUUAUUUUAUUUCGAAUAGUAAUUACUUCCGAAAUAACAUUCCUCAAAUGAUUACACAUGGGAAAAACACAACGCUCCCCCCUCCACCUCACAAAGAGGUUUAUCAUUACAAAACUAGAAUACAUACAUAUUUGUGAAUUCUUUCUUCGGUUUUUCUUUUUCGUUUGUUUUUCUUUUUUUUUUGUAAAAUUUAAUAUUCAUCCCACUUUUAUAAAGAUGUAAAGUUUAACGUUUCUAAAACUGUAUUUCAUUUCAAUUUAGUUAUAUGAUAAAAUGUCUCUUUUUUUUCGAUUAUUCAAAUGAUCAACUUCUUCUUAUAUAUCAUUCCCGUCAAUUUUCAUGACUGAUAAACAAAAUGUUGGUAUCAAUUGAUUAUUUAAAAGAAUAUUCAAUUGUACGUUGUAAUACUUCACUUCAAUUUACAAUAUUACUAUAAUUAUUAGUUGUGUGUUCAUUUGUUAAUUGUGAGACUACAAUAUUUCACAGAAAAAUAAUUUUUAGCAAAAAAUAACUAUUUUCUUUUAAUACUACUGAUUUUGUUUUUUUGAUAGUAUUGAAAAUUCAACUUAAAUGAUUCAAAAAGAAUACAAAUAGUGGUGAGAC